AUGGCAACAUCAGUGAAGGCUCAGCUACAAGAGGAGAGUGUACACAACCGAUACAGUGGAUACCCAGCUGGGCAGCGGGAGGCGGUGUCGCUUUGCCUUGAGGCCCGAGGCCCUGUGCACCGCAGCCACGGGGGCCCUCCUCUGCGACCCUCCUCUGCGACCCUCUGCCGCAGCCACUCCUCCCAGACAAAGGGAGAGUUAACCAGGCCAAAAAGACAAGCAAAACCUGCUGCAGAUGAAGGCUUUUGGGAUUGUAGCAUAUGCACCUUCAGAAACAGCGUGGAAGCCUUUAAAUGCAGCAUCUGUGAUGUGAGGAAAGGCACCUCCACCAGAAAGCCUCGAAUCAGCUCGCAGCUGGUGGCACAGCAAGUGGCACAACAGUACGCCACACCCCCACCUCCGAAGAAGGAGAAGGUGGAGAAGCAAGACAAAGGGAAGCCUGAGAAAGACAAGGGAAUUAGUCCCAGUGUCACCAAGAAAAAUGCCAACAAGAAAACAAAACAGUCCGAUAUUCUGAAAGAUCCUCCUAGUGAAGCAUACAGCAUACAGUCUGCAAAUGCUACAACAAAGACCAGUGGAUCGAAUCACACCUCAAGGCUCCUACUGAAAAACGUGGGCAGAAGCACUGCACAGCAGUUGGCAGUAACUGUGGGCAAUGUCACCGUCAUUAUCACAGACUUUAAGGAAAAGACUCGCUGUCCCUCCACAUCCUCAUCCACAGUGACCUCCAGUGCAGCAGAACAGCAGAACCAGAGCAGCUCAGGGUCUGAGAGCACAGACAAAGGCUCCUCCCGCUCCUCCACUCCAAAGGGCGGCAUGUCAGCAGUAAAUGAUGAAUCUUUCAGAAAUUGCACAUGGAAUUGUGAAAACUAUGGAUCAGGGUAUGAAAUUCAAAUCCUCCACCUGCCCAUGAAGCAGUAA